GCUGGGUGGCAUAGGGGCGUUACUCCAAAGUCCAUUUUCUGAUAAAAGGACGAGCUCAACUUUGUUCACCCCCACUCUCACCUGGAGUCGCAGGACAGAUUCAGGCUUCUCACAAACGAGGACUCGCUCAACUCAGGCAAAAUGGUUAAAGUUGGUAUCAAUGGAUUCGGCCGUAUUGGUCGUCUGGUGACCCGUGCUGCUUUCCACUCCAAGAAGGUGGAAGUUGUGGCCAUCAAUGACCCCUUCAUUGAUCUGGAAUACAUGGUCUACAUGUUCAAGUAUGACUCCACCCACGGCCGCUUCCACGGCGAAGUCAAGGUUGAGGGUGACAAGCUGGUCAUCGAUGGACACAAGAUCACAGUGUUCCACGAGAGGGACCCCGCCAACAUCAAAUGGGGCGAUGCUGGUGCUCAGUACGUUGUUGAGUCCACUGGCGUUUUCACCACCAUUGAGAAGGCCUCUACUCACCUGAAGGGCGGCGCCAAGAGGGUCAUCAUCUCCGCACCCAGCGCUGACGCACCCAUGUUCGUCAUGGGCGUCAACCACGAGAAGUACGACAACUCCCUGAAGGUUGUCAGCAAUGCUUCCUGCACAACCAACUGCUUGGCUCCUCUGGCCAAGGUCAUCAACGACAACUUUGGCAUCAUUGAGGGCUUGAUGAGCACAGUUCACGCCAUCACCGCCACCCAGAAGACAGUGGACGGACCCUCCGGCAAGCUGUGGAGGGACGGCCGUGGCGCUAGCCAGAACAUCAUCCCCGCUUCCACCGGUGCCGCCAAGGCCGUCGGCAAGGUCAUCCCCGAGCUUAACGGCAAGCUGACCGGCAUGGCCUUCCGUGUGCCCACCCCCAACGUGUCCGUGGUGGACCUUACUGUCCGUCUGGAGAAACCGGCCAAGUAUGACGACAUCAAGAAGGUGGUGAAGGCUGCCUCUGAAGGACCCAUGAAGGGCAUUCUGGGAUACACAGACCACCAGGUUGUGUCCACAGACUUCAACGGCGACACGCACUCCUCCAUCUUUGAUGCCGGCGCUGGCAUCGCCCUCAACGACAACUUUGUCAAGCUGGUUUCCUGGUACGACAACGAGUUCGGCUACAGCAACCGUGUGUGCGACCUGAUGGCACACAUGGCUUCCAAGGAGUAAACCCGAUCGGGCGUCCUUGCACUUUGCCACAUUCUCCACAGCGGCGUUCCACAUGUUUAACCCGGUGCAGGGUGAACUCUGCCCGGUUACGUUUACUACUAGACAAGCCCCGCUGCCUGGGAAGAGACCCCUCCACCCUUCCACAGAUCUCUAAAGGAAUUAUUUGUCAAGAUUUCCUUCUCUGAAAUGUCCUGUUCUGCGUUUGUGAGGAGUUGAAGGUGUUGAGUGUCUGUGGUGCUGCAGCAAUGCAGUCAGCGGAGAAAUAAAAGUCCUCUUUGUGAGAA